UGGAGGAGGUGGAGGAGGAGGGCUGUGUGCGGAGUGUGUGCUGCUCCAUGUGCCUGGAGUCCUCUCGCCCUGCUUCACCCCCCUUCCCCAAACCGGAGUCUCCUCCUCUUCUGGCGAGGGAACCUGCGAGCUGCCCCCAAGCAAGCAAGCGAGCGAGCGAGCGAGCUCCAUCCAGCCAAGCGACCCAGAGGAACCCGCCGCACAUUCCCCAAGAAGCAGCAGCAGAAGAAGAAGCAGCCUUGCAGGCAGGCGAGAAAGGCUUCUCUCUCUUUCUCCUUGGCAGGGUCCACGCGAGAAAGCCACCCACAGCCCGGGAGUUUCAGCUCGGGAUUUGACCCCUUUGGGAAGUUGGCACAUGGCUCCUGGAGCGCGUUGAGACUCAGUCCAAUAGACUGGUUCUGCUACUCUGUUUCAUUCCUUCCAGGCGUCGCAUCGGAGUGUGCCAUGUUCCCAUCCUGGUGCCUCGUUGGGCUCCUCGUAGCAUAUGCAUCUGGAAAGAAGCUAUGGGAUGUCCCCACAUCUCAGGUGGACCAGAACGGACCAGGAAAAUUGCAUUGGGAGCCACAGUGCCAGUACCAAUUGCGGCAUCUUCAGGAUGGCGCUAGGAUUUCAGCUCUUCUGCCUCCCCGGUUGGAAGGCCAUUGGGUUUCAACAGGAUGCGAGGUACGCCCAGGACCUGAAUUCCUCACCCGGUCAUAUAUAUUUUUUCCCAACCGCCUCUUCAAAGCAUAUCAGUUCUACUACCGUGACCCUGCCUGCCAGGACCCCACCUACUCCCUGGUCAUCAAAGGCAAAAUCAGGCUCCGCCAAGCCUCCUGGAUCACUCGAGGGGCUACAGAAGCAGACUACCACCUACACAAAGUUGGCAUUGUCUUUCACAGCCAGAGGGCCAUGUGGGAAACAGUUGCCCGCAUCAACCAGAGUUCAGGAGAACAUUGCAGUGAGUUCCUGCCAGCUGGGCGGACCUGGGCUCCUGGAGCCUUGUAUGAGCUUCUGAGUGCUAAAGCGGAACGAGACUGCACCUCAGGCCUUGGCUUUGCCAUGCACGAACUUAGCCUUGUGCGAGUGGAAAAGUAUCAGCCACCACUAUUCCUCCAGCAGAACCAGGGAAAUGGAGAGGUGGAAGAACUGCAUCUCGGGGACAUCCAUACUGAGUGGUCAGAAAGACUCCAUUAUCGACCCACAGGAUACCAGCGUCCCCUCCAGAAUGCCAUGCACCACAUCCACCCUUGCCCUGCCUGUGGGAUUGUAUACAGAGCUGAUGAACACCACCCACCUCUCCUGCCAGAAAGACCUGAACUCCCGAUGCUGCUGACUGGCCGCUGGGUCAGCUCUCGAUGCGAAGUCCGCCCAGCUGUGCUUUUCCUCACUAGAUAUUUCAUCUUCCAUGGUCACAACCGCACCUGGGAAGGCUACUACCACCACUACUCUGACCCUCUCUGCAAACAGCCAACUUUCACAGUGUAUGCUUUGGGUCACUACACACAGGGAGCACCAUCCCUCAUUGUAAGGGGAGGCACCGAGCUGGUUUUCAAGGUGACCCACGCUCGGGUGACACCAAUGGAUCAAAUAACAGUGACAAUGCUGAACUCCACUGACUUUGGGAACUGUGGGGAGGCUGGCUUGUGGCGUAUUGGGGAGGAAAUGGAUGUGACUCACACAAACGGAUGCGCAGCUUUGGGGAUCAGGCUCCCCCAUAUGGAGUAUGAACUCUUUAGAAUUGAACAUGAUGCCAAAGACCGCAGCCUGCUCUACAUCGGUGAGAGACCGACCGAUGGGUCAAGCCCCAAUACGCCCAGCAAGAGGCCCACCUCCUAUCAGUCUCCUCUCCUCCAAUGUGGAGGACCAUCGGCAGCCUUGGCAAGACUCAGCAAGUCAAACUUUCUGAGAAGUGAUGAUGUUAGUAGUGGAGCAGUGAAAACACUACCCCAGGUGUCAUUGCUUGCAUUUCUCUCUAUACAGCUGGUCAGAUGGGACUAAAUGCCAAGACCCUGCUGAGUGAGCUGCCCAGAACAUUGUAACAUUGGUAUAUCUACACCAAAAAAAAUUAGCACAUUUGAAAGCUGUUUUACUUCAUACUCAUAAAUAUGCACGUUAUGCUUUCUUGAUGACUGCUGCAUGACAGAUGGACUUCCCUAAGUAUUGACACCCAUCUCCAAAUCUGACAUUCAUGGGACAGAAUCCUGUUAGGUGUCUUAACAUAAGUGCAAGUUCUGCUGUGGUUGGACUUCUUUGUCCAAAGUGGAAUAGCCAUUUUCAGAUUAAAUCUGCAGAUGCUCAGUUUCACAUCAAUGUGCAUUAUGCACAGAUGAGCAUGUGCACCAUAUUUGGACAUCAUUGCACAUGAGUGUGCACAUGUUGCUUUGCUUCAAUAGUGCAUUGUUGCCAAUCAACACAACAAGGAGAUUUACUCUAUGCAACCCUAAUGCAGGAUUUCGGCCAGUUUCCAGCACAGAAGUGGUCAGCUUUUUAAAUAGAUGGCCUAUAUUUUAUUAAUCACCUACAAUAACCUAAUUCUAGAGGGGUAGGGGAGACCUUCAUGAUUUUCUUUCUCUGUUCCCUCUCCCCUAGCCAAAUCAUUCUGAUGCAUAGAGAAGCAAUUCUGCCUUCACAGAGUAAACUGACAUUUCAAAGUCAUUCAAGGUUGCCCUUACAUAUACAUUUGGUAUAAAUACACUUGUAAUCAAUAUAUAUAAUUAACAACUGCUAAAAAAGGACCUGUUGGGAUUAGUGUUCAGGGUUCAGAUUUCAUACCAUAUGUCAUCGGUGAGAUGUGCGCAUACAUUAAAAACGCUUUAUCAUGUAAGGUGGUGGAGAGCUGCGAGGAAACAGAUGUGUGCUCUUAUGAAGCAAGAGAAAAAAUAUAUUUUUAGCCUGAACAGGCAGUGUUGGAAUGCUGUAUUAAUGGGGGACUUAUUUUACAAACUCUAAGAAUCAACUGUAAUAAGACAUCCCUUUAAGAUGAUGUUAUGAUUUAAGAUAGGCCUGACAAGUUUGUCCAAAUAAAGACAACCUUGCAAAAGUGAAGGGCAAAUUGUUAACCACCUGACCCCCUUUCCCACUAUCCAAUUAUAGUACUAUUAUUCCACUUUAACUGCCAUAUCUGCAUCCUGUAGAAUCUGGGAUUUGCAGGUUAUGAAGGGGCAUUUAGAAACCACAUCUAGAGAACUGUAGUACCUCAACCAGCUGUAAAUCCCAGGAUUCCCUAGGAUAUAAACAUGGCAGUUGAAAUGCAAUCAUAGUCCUAAUAAUCAUUUAAUGCUUAAGGGCCCAUGUUGUUGUUUUUGCAGAAAAGAAGCUGGUGGCCUUCCCAAGCAUAGAUCACAAACUUGCAUGUGGUGCCAUUUGAUAAAGUCUAAAGAUGACUAUUUCAAAGGGGUUUUUGCAGCAUGGAUUUUAACCUGGGAAGGAGAACUAUUAUGAUGACAGUAUGUGGAAAAGGGGAGUUUGAGCCAUUCUCACCCACCAUGGUUCAACAAAAGUAUCCCCUCUACCUCUGAAAACAGGAAAAGCCCACUUUGCAUCAGCAUCACUAGGACUUUGCCUUCUAUUACUAUCUGCAGGGCGGGAUAACAUUUCAGCAGGAGAGGAAAGGAGUAUACUUCCAUUCCAUUUUGGUGUUGCAGUGCACCAAAGCCAGAGGACUGCAGGAUGAGCAGCCAUGAUUGAAAGUAACUCCUCUCUAUUCCAAUAAUGUGUAAGAAACGUGUUAGUAAACAAAGAAAAUGUUCAGACAGGCACUUGUUUACAACGUUUUCCUGCUCUUUCACUCUGCUGUGAAAAAUACCCCCAUAAUGAGGUUUUUCGGCAUCAUUUGUCUUUCUUAACCAGUCAACAAAGCAGCACUGAAUUGAGUUAACUCUGAAGAACACAGCCUUUGGCAACUGGGGGAAAAAGUCAUUUCAGAGAAUCAAUUCAGAAUUUCAUUUCGGUAGUACAGCUCCAGUAUAGUUAGCAAAAAGUGCAUUCCUGUUUUGUUUUUUUCUGUAAGUUGUACAAGGGUUGAAUGAAAAGUAAUGUCUCCACUUUCGUAACUCAACAGAUGGCAAUACUGGUAUUUGGCAGGUACUGGCUUGUUCAGUAGACUCUCUUCUACAGUUCCAUUUGCUGGGAAGCCUUAGCAUUGAAUUGUUGUGUUGUUAAAGUGCGAAGUAUAGAACCCUGCACAGGCGGUUGGUCAAUGAGACUUAAGCAACGUGCAGUCAUUGAAUUCUUGACAGCAGAAAGUGUCACCUUAAAGGAGAUUCAUCAGAGAAUGCAAGCUGUUUAUGGUGAUUGUGCUGAUGUGAGUACUGUGCAUCGUUGGGCGAGUAAGUUUAAAGAUGUUCAAGUGGGAACAUCGGACUUGAGUGACAAACAAAGAGUUGGACAUCAUGUGACAGCAACAACCGAGUUUCACAAGCAAAAUGUGACAGAUUGAUUCAGGACGAUUGUCGUAUCACUCAGAAUUUUCAAGCAUGAUCGGCAUUUCACAAGAACGUGUGGGUCACAUUAUUGCUUUGCUUGGCUAUCAAAAGACCUGUGCACGAUAGGUACUGUGAGACGCUGGUUGCAGAAACAGUGUUGACUUCUUCCAUGAUGGCUUCAGAAAACUUGUUCAUCAUUGGCAGAAAUGUAUCCAAUUGUCUGGUGAUUAUGUGGAAAGGUGAAUAGUGGUAGUUUAUUUUUUUUUCUUUUUGUGUCAGGAGCAACCGGAGUUGCUUCUGGAGUGGUAGUGGUAGUUAAAGAACACAUUCUAAGAUUAUUUCUGCAUUUAUUAAAAUAUUCCCAUCCAAACCCAAGUAACGAAGGUGGAGGAAUUACUUUUCAUUCAACCCUUGUACAUCAACAUUUUUAGAUACAUGAUAAUCGAAAAUAACUCAGGAUGAUAUAUGCAUAAUGGCACAUCAAAGCCCAGUAUCAUGCAGUGCCAUAAGGGCAGAUAAUUAACAGAUAGAAUUAUAGGAUGGGGAAGUGCUAUUUGAUGCCUUCUUACCUACCAUAUUCCCAACAGAAAUUCCUCCCCAUAUUGCAAAUAGUAAUAGGAAAAAGCUUGCAUUGGCACCCAUGGGAUCAUGUCUUCCAUUGCUAUCUGCCGGAAUUUCAUAGGUUGGAAUAGUUUGCAAAAGGAGGGAGAAGGAACAAACCUCUCCUUCAUAUAGCUUGCAAUUCCAGUAAAAAACUAUUUUCCUAUCAGGAUAAUAUGUGUAGGAUUGUAUGUCAAGCACAGCCUCUUCUUAAACUGUAAAGUAAGGCAGUUUCCUAUAUUUCUACAUAAAUGAGCUGCAAUGGAAAGUGUGCUCUUCAAAAUGCUAGAACCCCUUUUUAAAGAACAGCUAUGCAAAGUGCCAUAAUUUACAUGGUAUGUUUUCAAGUGUGGCUAACAUGUAGAUAAAUUAAUGGUAUUUUAUUAUUAUACUGGUGGGCAAUCUGCAUGAACAGCAAAUUCAGACGUAAUGCUUAUUUUAAUGUACAGUUUUUGAACAAAAUGUAUUACAGUAUGUUAAUUUUUUCAAAGAAAAAUCAUGUACAUAAAACAGGUGCUUAUCUUUUACAAA